UCUCUCUCUAAUAUAUAAAUUAUGCUAUUACUAAGCAAUUGUAAGAAGCACUUAAACAAUCUGUAACUAGUCUAGUGCAAAACAGAAACACAAAGAAAUGGCACUAGUUUCUGAGAAAGCAAAGCUUCUUACUUCAUUACUUAUCCUACAGUUGUGCUUUGCAGGAUUUCACAUUGUAUCAAGAGUAGCACUAAACAUUGGUGUUAGCAAAGUUGUGUACCCUGUCUACAGAAAUAUCAUCGCAUUGCUUCUCUUGGGACCAUUUGCUUACUUCACCGAAAAGAAAGAGAGACCACCUCUCACAUUCUCAUUAUUGGCUCAGUUUUUCCUUCUAGCACUUGUCGGAAUCACUGCAAACCAAGGGUUUUACAUCUUAGGUCUGUACUAUGCAUCUCCAAGCUUUGCAUCAGCAAUGCAAAACUCUGUACCAGCAAUUACUUUCAUCAUGGCAUAUGCUCUAGGGGUAGAGAGAGUUAACAUCUCAAGGAUAGAUGGACUGGCAAAAAUACUAGGUACCUUAGCAAGUGUAGGAGGUGCAACAAUAAUCACUUUGUAUAAAGGCCCUCCGAUUUUCCAGCCACAAGGAACUAAUUCAAUGGAAGAGAGUGUGCUUCUCUCUUCAGACAAUUUCCAGAACUGGACAUUGGGUUGUAUUUUUCUUCUCGGUCACUGCUUAUCCUGGGCUGGUUGGAUGGUCCUUCAGGCUCCUAUAAUAAAGCAGUAUCCAGCCAAACUGUCACUGACAUCAUUCACAUUCUUCUUCGGCUUAAUACAGUUCCUAUUUAUAGCAGCAUUUGUAGAGAGGGAUCCAAAGCAUUGGCAAAUCCAGUCGGGUGAAGAGAUCUUUACAAUCUUAUACGCUGGAAUAAUAUCUUCAGGUCUAGUAAUAUCACUACAAACAUGGUGUAUUCAGAAAGGUGGUCCAGUGUUCGUUGCAAGCUUCCAGCCAGUUCAGACAGUACUAGUAACUGGCAUGGCAUUCGUAAUUCUUGGAGAUCAGAUAUAUUCUGGAGGAGUCAUUGGAGCUGUGCUCAUAAUAAUUGGUCUCUAUCUAGUCCUAUGGGGUAAAACAGCAGAGACUAGGUACCAAAGCCAAAGCCAAGACACUGAAGAGUCACUGACAAAACAUCUAUUACAGGGUGAUAAAACUGAGAUUCCAUAACUUUCACAUCUAUCUAUCUCUGUAUUAAAAACUGGGCAAAUAAAUGUAAAACUGGCCUCAAAAGGGUUGGCAAAUGUAUAUGUCUACUGGGUUUGUUCAAAUGUUAUUAAUUAUUCAAUUUAUAGAAAGUGACCACCUAUGCUUGGCCUGGAUGAAUGCAUGCCAGAGGGAAAACCAGAUCAAAGAAGAUAUGCAAUUUACUGAACCAAGUUCCUAAAAAUUCUACAUUAUUGUCGAACAUCUUUCAAA